CUUCUCACUGCACCGACGGCGAGGGACAGCACAUCCCGUCGGCUCUAUCGUAACGGAUUACACCGUCUAUCUACUAACUGCAUCGGUGCCGGACAAAGCUUUUUUCCCAAACGUUUGUAUUACUUUCGGACUUUUCGCUUUGAUCGAUGGAUGCCAGUGUGUUCCGUUAAGUGAUUCAUUCAUUAGUGUAAAGCUUGGGGCUGACAGACGCAUGGGGCUAAAGAGGACACCUUCACAGGAACGACCGAGCUGAAACCGGGACCCGAACUAGGACUCUCUAUUCUCUCUUUUGUGUCUUUUGUCCGCUCGACCAGACGUGGGCUUUUGAGUGUGGAAAACGAGAGUCAAAGGCUCGAUGGCCACCUGAACAAAAAACAAAACGCAUAUUUCAACGGAUCUAUGCCAUAAGUAAUAACACCGGCUGCGGCAGUAAACCCCUUUGCUGAUGUGAAGCGCUUCUACCCCCACCGCGGUGUUGACGAAUGUCUUUGGCGAAACGGAAACCCCCAACAAGUUUCUGUUAUGAACAAGCGGAAUGCGUAUUGAUCCCACACCCAGUGCAGCCGGCGCCCUGAACAGGCUUUCUAAGAAGACGCUGUGAGGGGGAUCACUGAGACUCAGCCAGCCUCUCUCGGCUCCUGUGGCAUCCGUUGACCCGCCUGUGGUGGAAGAUUUUGGGCUAAACAACCACCAUCUACCCACCUGGACAUGGGGGGGGGAACUAAGCACUGCUCGGAUUGAAAUUUGGAUUGAAGCCUAAUCGCAUCUGGAUACUUUGAUGUAGCUUCUUUAGUCCCCCCCUCUCUCUUUCUCUCUCUCCCUCUCUCUCUCCCUCUGACUGGGUAAACGCGUUGUAAACACUAUUUUCCCGGCCCUUUGUGGAACCAGAGCUGUGACAUCAACCCCCGUAGAGAUCCCCCUGUUGUUCUAGCAUGUGUCUGUGUUUUGAUUUGGACAAUAGCUGGGCAAACAUGGGGUCCAGACACUGAUGAGGGGACGACUCUAAACUCCAAAAUAAAAGGAUGCCUGCCACAGAAGUGAAAAACAACCUGACUGAUACUGAUGGCACGUUGGAACUUUUAAAGGGAGACUUUACAUUGAUGGUGUGAUUCUCACACAGAGGUUAUCGAUUGUAAUCUUCCUUCUGUGACUUUUUGUGUGGAGUGGAUUGUUAAGGAUCUGUUCCCCCCCCCCCCCCGAGCUUCAUGCUGAAAAAGCUAUUUUUGAAAGUCAAAAUGACACAGCGAAGGUAAAUGCUUUAAUACCAUUUUCUCUUAUCUAUUGACCUAAAAUAGAGUCACAUGCUCCCUGACUUAUUCAAUCUGUGGUAGAAUCUACAGAGGAAGCAGAAUGCCAACCUCGCACGUCUGGCCUCUCUAGUUUUUGCCCUUGCAAGGACAGCUCCUUCCCCCAAGCCCCCAAUGGCCACCAUCAUUAGAAUCAGAAGAUGUGGCCACCGAUUAGCAGUGUGAGUGGUGUGAAAGCCUAGCCCUUACGGUAGAGGCCUGGCGUAAACCUACCGGUUUUCCUUUUUUAAGGGGUUCGCAGAGGAAAUAUACCUUCACCCGCUACCUCCUUUAAGCAUGACUGAUUGGAAAAGUGCAGCUGAAAUGAACGUCCUCCCUUCCCUAAGGCUGUAUUGAUUUUUCCCUCCGGUUGGCGUUCGUUCGGUUGAGACCCAGCUAUGUGAGAGCGAGGCGGAAGAGAGAGCGAGCGAGAGAGAGGGAUUGUGCUCCGUUCGCUAAGAGGAAGGUACACCGACGAGCCCGGGGGGGGGGGUGGGCCAGACGACGGUUCUACAGUUACAGACAACCUGUGCUGCCGGAGGCACGGCACAAACCUGACCUACCUGGAUCACUCCCAGAACAAUGAACCAGUCGUUACUGAUGACAGACCUGGUGCCCACUGCCAACAGCAGCCUCGCAGGCCACCCAGGCAAGCCCGGGAACCACUCCUGCCCCCUGGGAUGGGGCCAGAACGAGGGGCUGGAGGCUUGCGUCUUGGAGACGGCUGUCAUCGUGCUGCUAACCGUGCUCAUCAUCGCCGGGAACCUGACGGUCAUCUUCGUGUUCCACUGUGCCCCUCUGCUGCACCACUACACUACCAGCUACUUCAUCCAGACCAUGGCUUACGCCGACCUUCUGGUGGGCCUUAGUUGCCUGGUGCCCACCCUGUCCCUGCUGCAUUACCCGGCCGGCGUUCAGGAGCCCAUCACCUGCCAGGUGUUCAGCUACGUCAUCUCCGUUCUCAAGAGCGUCUCGAUGGCCUGCUUGGCCUGCAUCAGCGUGGACCGCUACCUGGCCAUCACCAAACCUCUGUCCUACAACCAGCUGGUGACGCCGUGCCGACUCCGUGGCUGCAUCGCCCUCAUCUGGGUGUACUCCAGCCUGGUGUUCCUCCCCUCCUUCUUUGGGUGGGGCAAGCCGGGCUACCACGGGGACAUCUUCGAAUGGUGCGCCCACUCCUGGCCCACGUCGGCCCUCUUCACGGGCUUCGUGGUGUGCCUGCUGUACGCCCCCGCCGCCCUGGUCGUGUGCUUCACCUACUUUCACAUCUUCCGCAUCUGUCAGCAGCACAACCGGGAGAUCAGCGAGCGUCGGGCACGCUUCCCUAGCCAGGAGAUGGAGGCCGGGGAGGGCGGGGGCGGAGGUGGAGGGAACGGCAGCGGGCACCACGGCGGCCACGGACCCGAUCGGCGCUACGCCAUGGUGUUGUUCCGCAUCACCAGUGUCUUCUACAUGCUUUGGUUGCCCUACAUCAUCUAUUUCCUGUUGGAGAGCUCCCACGUGCUGGACAGCCCCGCCCUGUCCUUUGUCACCACCUGGCUCGCCAUUAGCAACAGCUUCUGCAACUGCGUCAUCUACAGCCUGUCCAAUAGCGUGUUCCGUCUGGGCAUGCGCAGGCUGUCGCAGACGAUCUGUUCCUUCAGCCACUGUGCUGCCGAUGACAGAGACUUUGGGGAGCCCAAACCCAGGAAGAGAGCUAACUCCUGCUCCAUUUGAAGGAAGGGGGUCUCAGAGGGAGAUGUUUGCCUAAGCCAAGAUUUGAAGGAUUAAAUCCUCAAGAAGCUGCUGGAUGUGGACACGACGGGGCUUUCCCCAAAGAGAGUGCAUUCCCACCACGAAAGAGUUGAUUCCGUAUGAAACCAAUAACAAUAAGUUGUGCAAAAGCAUAAUUUGCAAGAAAACUUGAGAGAUGAAACGGCAUAAAGAAGCAGUGAAUGCUUGAAGGUGUAGUGUCUGAACCACAGGAUAUUUGACUGACAGGCUUUGAAGCUUUUGUAAUGGGUUUUAGUUGGCAAUCUAUUGUAGGUGCAUCACGUACAACCUAAUUUGUUCAUGGUUUAUCUCAGGCUUCAACGUUUACAUUUUCUGUGUCAGUCAGGUAAGACUUAGCAAACAUACCCAGAUAUGAGUUGUAACACUGGAGAAUAAAUUAUCUUAAACUUGACCACAUGUAGGCUUUUUUCAGAUUUAGUGGUGGAUGUUGGUUUAUUGAUUAUUGGGUUACCAAUGAUGACCUAAUCUUGAAGGUCUGUAUUUUUUUUUUUUUACUUUCCUUCAUAGGAAAGUUUUCAUUUCAUUAGCAUAGACAAAGUAAUCCUCAUUUGCAUAGACAUUCCCUUGGUAUGCGGGUUCAAAUGGCUGACUAGACUUCAAGUGUUAAUGCUAUCACUUUUUACAUCGGUCAGGAUUAACAACAAAGGGCCUUAACCGGUAUGAGAAAAAGGUUUUGCUGUGUUGGCAGAGUUUUUUGUUAGCAAACACAACAUCAUUCUAAAGACUUUGGGUCAGCCCUAAGGCAAAAGUUUGUUUGUUGUCAGUUUUGUGAAACAUAGAACAUUCGGCUGGUUGAAUUAGUCUUGUUAAAUUGUUCUAUUUAGAUGUAAACUACUUAACCUGUGUCAAUUCUCGGAUGACUGUUGAAGAGGGCAAAAUAUGGAUUUGUUCACUUAAUUUUAUACUCUGGUUGGUUAACGGAGACAUGUUCUCUAGUCUACUUAGAUUAGCCUCCUACAAUACUGUCCUCUCAACUUGUUGAAGCUAUGUGCAAAGACUGUUUCCCUUUUGGGACUUUGUUGUACAAAAUGCAGAUGGAAUGUGCAAUGAAUGCACCUUAAUGACUGCAUUUGGUAAUUUAUUAAACUGUUAAAAGUUGACCGCUGCACAGGCGCAGUCAUUCCAAGUUCAUGUUCUUGUACAUUCCCUGAACCAUCGGUUUUUAUAGACAACGUCGAAAAGAAUUCAUAGAUGCACACAGUUCACAGCACCAAGUUAUUGUGAGAUCCCUUUCAACUGUUGUGAUGGUGUAGGCCAUUUGUGUUUAGACCUCUAUGCCUGUACUGUAUCUUUGACGGUGUGAGAAAAGAAAAAAAACAGAGCAAGUCGAAACCUUCUAUAUUGUGACUAUUGUACAACUUUAUGCUGCUUAACAGUUACCUGUGUAAAUCAUCCUCCCCUCUCUGCAUUACAGAUUGUUCUGUGUAUGUGCCUAAAUAUGUCUAUUUUUUUUUGGAAAGAAAGAAGAAGAAGAAGAAAAAAAAAAAGAUGUCACAAUGAUUUCCAUCCUUUUCCUGAAACAGUUACAUGGACACACUGCACUCUUAUGACAGUGUCUGGCAGCAUGGCGUUGUGUUUGACCAUAUCUUGUGACAAGGCCCUUUUUUCUUUUCGACCCAAGAACUGUAACUGUCCCAUUUGUUGAUGCAGUACUAAUGAAAUUAGUCUUUGAUUAACUUUACAGUAAGGUUUGAAUGCUUGCUUUCUUUUGUGGCAAACUCGAUGAGCCAGAAAUCAUCAACGAUGAUCUACAUUUACAUUUAGUCAUUUAGCAGACGCUCUUAUCCAGAGCAGAGUACAGGGACAUUCUCCCCGAGGCAAGUAGGGUGAAGUGCCUUGCCCAAGGAAGGACACAACGUCAUUUUUUAAAUUUUAUUUUUGGCACAUCCGGGAGUCGACCUCUAUGAUCCGAGUCCUACACAGCACUGAGUGUGGACACCUUCUCCUCUCUGAUUGAUACUUGAUGUCUACUACUGUAGAAUAGAUCAGAAAAUACGGGCAGUUGUUUAUCUAUGAAGUGCAUUCUCAAAACAUACGGUAGCCGUAGAUCAGAUAGGACCAAGCACAUGCAGUAUGUUUAAAUUAAUUUUAAAUUUAAAAUGUUAAUUUAAGUUAUAUUAAUUUGACACCAUGUCUAGUAAAAACCACGCUAUUCCCUGGCAUUUUAUUCUUGGAGUCCGCCUUCAUGUCCUGGUUGUUGGGUUUUAUGUACUCCUACAUAUUACACCCAUUUUUCACUUAUAAAAAUAAUCCCAGUCUAGAUAUUUUUUCCUACAUCUUUCCACAAUCCUUAGGCCUUUAGACCAGAUAACCUUCUGCAUCUGGCGUCCCUUUGAUCAAGACACAGACAUAGGAACCACUUGAAGAUCAAUUUUUGCUUUGCAGUGUUUAAUUUUGGCUUGUUAAACAGAUAAGGUUCAGAUAUAGGAAACAACUGCGGGGAAUAAAAGUACAAAAGGACCCAGAUCUUACCCAAAUGUAGUUCACUUGUCUAUUAUAUUUUAUUUCUGUUUAUUGUAGCCAUGUUAUUUCUUUUUUUAUAUUGGUGUAAAUAUAUAUAUUUUUUACUCAUGCACCAUGGACUAUCACUAGUUUUUGACUAUCAUUAUGACCAAAUGGGUUUCUUCUGAAAUCAUGGUAGUGCAGAAAUAUCAAGUGCAUUGAUGAGAGUGUUGCAUCAUAUUAUUUGAUUUAUACACUAAGUAUAUUUAUUUAUUUUAUUGUUUCCAAAUGAUGAAGCUACUUGUGAAAUAGGAGUGUGUGUACUGUGUGUUUUUACCCUGCUGUACAGGCAAAAAAAAUCUGAUGGCAAAAUCUAAAAGGAACAUUGGCGCAUUAAUUUGUGUUGAUUCAGCUAGACUGCUGUGACUUUGAAGUAUGAUGUUUUUGACUAGGAAACAAAUCGAUUAAUUACACAGUAUCUAUUUUUUUAUUUCUGAGAUUUUGUCAAAGGCUAUUGUUUUGUUGUUGCUGCCAAUCCAAUAAAGGUUAAAUGAUUAGA